GAGCAAAUGAUCCAAUAAUUGAAUGAUUCAAUGAUCGCAUGAUUUCAUUACUGUUUCCCUUAAUUUAAUUCACACUUAAUUACUAUAAGUAUUGUUUGUUCAGUGAAUCGGUGUUUGAAUUGUUCGCAAUGUUUCGGUCGUCUCUAUUGAGUCAAUGCAGCCGUCGGUGCAAUGCUUUGGCCAAAAGGUCACGAACUCUCACCACUUCCUCGACGCUAAACAAGCCGUCAAUCCAUUCAGACAUCCAUUUAAAAAAAUGCGGUCAAAUAUUGGCGUCAAAUGUAUUGCCGAAGCAAAGCAUUAGUCCAUUAAUUGAUUGCCGAAGAAGUGGUUACGCGUCGGAAGCGAAUCUCCCGAAACACAGUCGCGUUGUAUUGCCUGCUCUGUCGCCGACUAUGGAGUUGGGAACUAUCAUCUCGUGGGAGAAGAAGGAGGGCGACCCCCUUCAUGAGGGCGACCUCUUGGCUGAGAUCGAGACCGAUAAGGCGACCAUGGGUUUCGAGACACCCGAUGAGGGCUUUCUGGCCCGCAUUCUGGUGGCCGCCGGCACUAAAGACGUGCCCAUCGGGAAGAUCGAGACCGAUAAGGCGACCAUGGGUUUCGAGACACCCGAUGAGGGCUUUCUGGCCCGCAUUCUGGUGGCCGCCGGCACUAAAGACGUGCCCAUCGGGAAGCCGACAUUCAGGCCUUCAAGGAUUUCGUGGACACCAGUGAUCCCCUCAAAACACUUGGCUGAGAUCGAGACCGAUAAGGCGACCAUGGGUUUCGAGACACCCGAUGAGGGCUUUCUGGCCCGCAUUCUGGUGGCCGCCGGCACUAAAGACGUGCCCAUCGGGAAGCUUCUGUGUAUAAUUGUUGAAAAUGAAGCCGACAUUCAGGCCUUCAAGGAUUUCGUGGACACCAGUGAUCCCCUCAAAACCAAACCCAAAGCGGAGGCUAAGCCGAGCGCACCGUCGGCGCCAAAGCCGAUCCCUUCUGCGGCGUCCGCACCGUCGCAGCCAAUGGCCGCGAAGCAGACUUUUUCUGCCUCAGGAAUUGGCGGUCGACUAUUCGCCAGUCCUUUAGCCCGACGUUUAGCCGCAGAGAAAGGUAUAGAUCUGAAUGCGCUUUCGGGCGCCGGAAGCGGUCCCGGAGGGAGAAUUCGUGGCGCAGAUGUUAUGAGCGCACCGAUUGGUAUAAGUGGUGGUCCGCGCGCUCUCGAGUUCACUGAUACUGCGCUGACUAGUAUGAGACUAACCAUCGCUAAACGAUUGUUGCAAUCAAAGCAAACAAUACCUCAUUAUUAUCUAACAGUGGAGUUGGAAAUCGACGAACUCUUAAGAUUGAGAACACAAUUAAACGAAAUGUUAAGCAAAGAGAAGAUGAAACUAUCUCUCAAUGACUUUAUAAUAAAGGCUUCAUCGCUGGCAUGUAUUCAAGUGCCCGAAGCCAACAGUUCAUGGAUGGAUACUUUCAUCAGACAAUACAAUUCCGUAGACGUGAGCGUUGCGGUCAGCACUGAGGCCGGACUCAUAACACCCAUUGUGUUCAACGCACACACCAAAGGAGUCAAAGAAAUAUCACAAGAUGUCAAACAGUUAGCACUUAAAGCGAGAGAAGGUCGUUUGCAACCAAACGAAUUCAUUGGCGGAACGUUUACGAUAUCUAAUCUGGGAAUGUAUGGCAUUAACAGUUUCUCUGCGGUUAUAAACCCUCCGCAGUCUUGUAUUCUGGCGGUCGGCGGCACUCAGAGACGUCUCGUACCGGUCAGUGACGGCAAGACUAGAGCCGCUUCUUUCAUGACAGUUACCCUUAGUUGCGAUCAUAGAGUAGUCGACGGAGCCGUUGGCGCUCAAUGGCUACAAGCGUUCAGACAAUACAUAGAAAAACCCUUUUCAAUGGUUCUUUAAGUUAGGAUUCAAAUAGUUUUUUGUUUUGUUUGAUUUUAAUUAUAUUUUAAUUCAUUGCUGUUAUUAAUGUAGAGAUAAUUAUUUGAAAAUGAUUUUCAACGC